AUGGGCGAGCUGCCGACCGGGUGUCGGAAAAGGAGGCGGAAGCGGGGAGGAGUCGCCGCUGGAGCUGGACUGCAUCCGCCGCGGCGUCUCCAUGGCACGACCCUGGCCUCCGACUUCAACGACUUCAUAAGGAGACGUUUCUGGGCACAGCCUUGUCGCUCCUGGUUUCCAUCGUGUGGGAAGAACGGAGUAACGAGUCUCACGCAGAAAAAGGUCUUGAGAACACCUUGUGGCGCGCCCAGCGUAACUGUGACGAAGCGAAUCAUGAAGGACCGCUCUUCAACUCCCCCCUUACAUGUUCACGUGGAUGAGAACACCCCUGUCCAUGUCCACAUAAAAAAACUCCCGAAACCAUCAGCGGCCAACAGCCAGAAAUCUCAUAAGCGUGGAAUGAAAGGGGACACCGUGAAUGUACGGAGGAGUGUCCGGGUGAAAACCAAGGUACCUUGGAUGCCCCCUGGAAAAUCAUCUGCCCGGCUUGUGGGAUGCAAGUGGGAGAAUCCAACUCGUUGCUUAGAGAUCACUCCACCAUCUUCAGAAAAACUGGUCUCAGUGAUGCGGUUAAGUGACCUCUCUACGGAAGAUGAUGACUCGGGUCACUGUAAAAUGAACCAUUAUGAUAAGAAGAUUGACAGUUUAAUGAAUGCGGUUGGUUGUCUCAAGUCUGAGGUCAAGAUGCAGAAGGGUGAGCGCCAGAUGGCUAAGAGGUUCCUAGAGGAGCGCAAGGAAGAACUGGAGGAGGUGGCCCAAGAGCUGGCUGAGACUGAGCACGAGAACACGGUGCUGAGACACAACAUCGAGCGCAUCAAGGAGGAGAAAGACUUCACCGUGCUUCAGAAGAAACACCUCCAGCAGGAGAAGGAGUGCCUCAUGUCCAAGCUGGUGGAGGCUGAAAUGGAUGGAGCCGCCGCUGCCAAGCAAGUCAUGGCUUUGAAGGAUACCAUCGGGAAACUGAAAACGGAGAAACAAAUGACCUGCUCGGACAUUAACACCCUGACGAGGCAAAAGGAACUUCUCCUGCAGAAGCUGAGCACAUUUGAGGAGACUAACCGCACCCUUCGAGACCUGCUGAGGGAACAGCACUGCAAAGAGGAUUCCGAAAGACUGAUGGAGCAACAAGGAGCAUUACUAAAACGGCUGGCAGAAGCAGACUCAGAGAAAGCGCGCCUGCUGUUACUGCUACAAGACAAGGACAAGGAGGUAGAAGAGCUACUCCAGGAAAUUCAGUGUGAGAAGGCUCAAGCAAAGACAGCAUCUGAGCUUUCUAAGUCCAUGGAAUCCAUGCGUGGACAUUUGCAGGCUCAGCUUCGGUGCAAAGAGGCUGAGAACAGUCGCCUGUGCAUGCAGAUCAAGAACCUGGAACGCAGUGGGAACCAGCACAAGGCAGAAGUGGAAGCCAUCAUGGAGCAGCUGAAGGAAUUAAAGCAAAAGGGAGACCGAGACAAAGAGACCUUGAAGAAGGCCAUCCGAGCCCAGAAGGAGCGAGCUGAGAAAAGUGAGGAAUAUGCUGAGCAACUGCACGUGCAACUUGCUGACAAGGAUCUUUAUGUUGCUGAAGCUUUAUCUACUCUGGAAUCAUGGAGAAGCCGCUACAACCAAGUUGUGAAAGAUAAGGGGGAUCUUGAGCUGGAAAUUAUCGUCCUGAAUGACCGGGUGACAGAUCUUGUAAACCAACAACAGACCUUGGAGGAGAAGAUGCGGGAAGACCGGGACAGCUUGGUGGAGAGACUACACCGUCAGACUGCCGAGUAUUCUGCAUUCAAGCUAGAGAACGAGAGGCUGAAGGCAAGUUUUGCCCCGAUGGAGGACAAACUCAAUCAGGCGCACAUCGAGGUCCAACAGCUGAAGGCAUCAGUUAAGAACUACGAGGGAAUGAUUGACAACUAUAAGAGUCAGGUGAUGAAGACCAGAUUGGAGGCUGAUGAAGUGGCUGCCCAGCUGGAACGCUGUGACAAAGAGAAUAAGAUCCUUAAAGAUGAGAUGAACAAAGAGAUUGAAGCGGCACGUAGGCAGUUCCAGUCCCAGCUGGCUGACCUGCAGCAGCUGCCUGACAUCCUCAAGAUCACAGAGGCUAAGCUGGCAGAGUGCCAGGACCAGCUGCAGGGCUAUGAGAGGAAGAACAUCGACCUCACAGCCAUCAUAUCAGACCUGCGCAGCCGGAUCGAACAUCAGGGGGACAAGCUGGAGAUGGCGAGAGAAAAACAUCAGGCUUCCCAGAAGGAAAAUAAACAGCUGAGUCUGAAGGUGGAUGAACUGGAGAGGAAACUGGAGGCGACCAGUGCCCAGAAUAUUGAGUUUCUACAGGUGAUUGCCAAGAGGGAGGAGGCAAUCCACCAGUCCCAGCUGCGGCUGGAGGAGAAAACACGGGAAUGUGGGACCCUGGCGAGGCAGUUGGAAAGUGCCAUUGAAGAUGCUAGGAGGCAGGUGGAACAAACCAAGGAGCACGCACUGUCCAAGGAACGAACAGCCCAGAACAAAAUCCUGGACCUUGAGACCCAGCUCAGCAGGACCAAAACCGAACUCAGCCAGCUGCGUCGGAGUCGUGACGAUGCAGACCGUCGCUACCAGAGCCGGCUCCAAGACCUGAAAGAUCGCCUGGAGCAGUCAGAGAGCACCAAUCGCAGCAUGCAGAACUAUGUCCAGUUCCUCAAGUCCUCAUAUGCUAAUGUGUUUGGGGAUGGUCCCUACACUACUUACCUGACUAGCUCUCCCAUCCGUUCUCGCUCUCCUCCUGCCUGAUGACAUCUGUAUUGAGCCAGGAGCCCUGAUUGAUGCUUUGGGAACCAUGGAGUUGCCAAGCCAUACUUGGAAAGCCUGUUGGUUUUCCCUUCUCUUUCAGUGAUGGAAUGUAUUUGAGGCCUUAGCUACUGGCUCCAGAAAAGUCCCUGAAGCAAGAAGGGCAUGAGGCAGGAAACACUUCGUUCUCCCUGACUGAAACAGUCACAUGAUGGGAGUUUUUAAAUUAUCUUGACAGGGCUUAUGUUUACUACCAUUUAGGUACUAGAUUUUAACUCACUGUGACAUUGCUCAUUUCUUUUCUGAGAGAAUGUUUAGACUGGGCCUUUUCCUCUAGUCACAGCCCUCUCUUUUUAGGAAUCUCUCUUGGGUUUUCUCUGACCUGAACCAACAGGAGCUGUUUAGCCAGAGGUUUGCCUUCUUCCCCAUGACCCUUCUUGGGCUGUGAGCAUCUUCACUUGUGGUUUGUUUGUUUGUUUUUCCCUUAUUUUAUGGGUGCUGUUUCCCCCAAGAUCUUCCCAAGCUUUUGGGCUUAAGAGUUUUCUUGAUGUCAGUUGCUUCCAAGUACUUCACAAUACCCCUUGAGGUUUUAUGUACAGUUGGCCUUUUAAAAGUGUAACCCCAAUCUCAUUGAUUUUUAUUUCUAUUUGCCUGGUUUGUAUCUAUGGAAUGUAUUUGCUUAUGAAAUAUUUGUUUUACAAAAAGAUUUUAUAAUCAGUAUUUAAGGCUCCUUUGGAUAAUUUCCAUUACCUACCCCCAUCCUGUCUUAAAAAUAAUAAAUAAAACCUUAGGAAUCUUAUAAAGUACUGCAGGAGAGCCAGUAAAUGUUUUUAAAGUACUUGGUGCAUGAACAUUAGGGUUGUCAUUUCAUCUUGGCCCAGGUUGUUUCUUUCUCCUUUGUAUGCUUUUUUUUUAAAUAGAAAAUUCUGAGUUAACUGAAGGUCAGAAAAAUGUUACAUAAAGUUACACCAUUAGAUGAGUGCAUUGAGGUUUCUAAAGAUGAGGUAAUGGGAACAAAAUUUAUUUUGGUUUCUUCAGCAUAAUGUUUCAUAAAAUACUCCUUGGAACAGUAGUUCUUUAGCACUGUGUAUAGAAUUCCCUCUGUAUCCUUUCCCAGUUUGUUAAAAAUUAAUCUUUCCUACAGCUCCCAGAGAUUGUAUCUGGGGUGGAGCCCAGGAAUCUGAAUUUUAUAUACAACUUGGUUUUGUUUUUUUAAGCAGUUUUUCCCUCAUGUGCUUUUACAUUAUAACCCUGUGGACAUCUGGAGGACAACAAAUUUUGUAAGACAUUGCUCAGUGUUUGGGGGCAGACCACUUUAGCUGUUAGGAGGAGGAUGGGAUGUAUAUAAAUUUUAUUUAAAAUUACUUUUAUUUUUAAAAAAAAUAAUAAAAUUGUGGGACAUUUU